AUGAAGACUUACUGCCAUCUCCUCGCCGCCAUCGCUGCUGCCUUCGUCGGCUCUGUGAGCACCACGCCCUGCACGGUGGACCAGACAAGAAGCGCGUACCUCAACAUGAUCAGCUUGCUUACGGGCUCGACCGUCAGCGACUGCGCGACCAACUCGGGCUACAACAUGCUGUACUACUCGGCCGCCCCCACGAACUCGCAGAUGAUCUCGCUGUGUGGCGUGCAAGUCUGUCAUGAUCUAGUCGUGCGUGUGCUCGCGACGAGCCCGCCCGACUGCGACCUGGUCAUCCCCACGAGCCAAGCGGUCAUGAACGUUUCCAACACCGUCGCGCGUUUUGGGGCAAAUGAUGGACUUGUCAUUGUGCCAUCCUUGAGGGCGUGGCGUGGCGGGUUAACUGCGGCGAGGAAAUUCGCGAAUGAGCAGGACUGGAGCCUGCUUGCUUCGGAGUCCCUCCCGGUCUAA